UUAGAAUUUGAACUUGCCAAGUUUCUUUUCAAACAUGCAGAAAUGCCAGUGAACCAAAUGGACACAUUGCUUGAAAUCUGGGCUACCUUGUUGCUUGAGUUAGGCAGCAAUCCACUAUUCACCAACCACACAGACCUCUAUCAUGUGAUAGACAGCAUGUCUGUUGGUGCAGUCAAGUGGGAAAACUUCAAAAUCACUUACAAGUGCAAGCAGGAUGUACAGGAUGAACCAGAUGAACAGGAUGAAGUGAUUGAACUGGGCAGUCAGGAUGUUAUCCACAACCUCCUUGGUUGCACUGACUUUAAGGAUCAAAUGGACUUCAUGCCAUACCAGGAGUUUGAUGCCACAAGUGAUCAGAGGUGUUGGGAGGAUUUUAUGUCAGGUGACUGGGCCUGGGACAAAGCAGACAAGAUUAUCAGCAGUAACCCAUUGGCAGCCAGAGCAACAUUGGUUCCCAUCAUCCUUGGCAGUGACAAGACCACUGUUUCUGUUGCAACUGGGCAAAUGGAUUACUACCUGCUGUCACACACCAAAGGUGUUUGGUGA